AAGACAUUACGAAUAAGCCCAGAAUUCAAAAUAAUCAAUACUUUCGUCUGGGGCUUAAAUAGGGCCUGUAGAUACGUUGGACAUAAAAUUUUUGCGUCCUCUAAACUUAUUUAGUUGUUGCUGAUAGCGAUAACUUUGUUAAAAUGAAUAUUCCUUUUCCAAUAAUAUACCCUCACAUGAUCUGCCCUGAUUGGUUUAACUCUGAUAGACCCUAUGACGAAGAUGCUGAAUUAACAAGAAUGGAGCAAGCAAAUCAACGUUGGCUUAACUCAGUAGCCAAGAAGUACAUGAAACAUACACCUAUAGAAAAACCAAAUCCAGAGCCUAUGGAAGAGGCUGAAACUGAUGAUGAUGUUUUCAUUGUCACAGGCAAUGAUGAUCCAGAGGAAUCGGAGGAGUCUCAUGAUGUUGAUGAAGUAGAAGAAAUUCCUACUACUACCACAACAACCACUACUACUAUUGAUGACUCUCCACCAACAAACCUUGAUGGAGAACCAGAGAGUCUUACAGAGAGUCCCGAAGAAGAAAGCCCUGAAGAAGAAAGUCCUGGAGAAGUCAGCCCUGCUGAUACAGAUGAUCUUGAAGUAGAGGCUACUCUUUGGCCCUAUGAGGCUCAAGAUGAAUAAAUAACCAAUUAUGCGAUUUCACAUACUUUCAUUAUAUAUGUAUGUUUGCAAUCGCACAUAAUUCAGUAGUAACUUCUAGUAGUACUAUCCUAUUUCCUUACAUAUGAUACCUAUGAUAUUUAUAUCUUAUGCAUGUAUUUGCCUAGUUUAUUUGAUGGCCUGGCCACACUUGUAUUAGGGUAUAUUUUGGUUUAACCAAAUAAAAAUAAAAAAACACUAGUCAUAUAUUUAAUUAUUUUUAAAGAGUUUUUAUUAUUUUGUGAUUAGGUAUGAAGUGAUUUAAAUAUUGUAUAUCAUAUUUUAAAACUUCCGUUGGAGCUUAUAUUAAAAUUAAGUUUAAUAAAUUAUACUAUUUUUGAUAAUUUUAUAUUUUAUCGAUUUUGUAAUAAUUAAUUGCUUUAUUAGGUUGUUAUUUAGUUAUUAUAUUAGCUUUUAGUUUGGAAAUAUUGUAUCUCUAAACUUGGCUAUUUCCUGGAAUAUAAAAAAUAAAGAAAAUGUCACUCAUAGACACAA